CGUAUCAAGUCAGGGCAAAAACACAGGCCCGCGGAUUCUCCACAAUAUAAACGCCCGACUGCAAAAAAAGCAAGCCUCUCUUUUCCUCCUCUUCUUCUUCUUCCAAACAACACAACCCCGAGAGACAUACAGACGAAUCAAAAAGGUUUCCACAAGACAACAAUGGCGACAGAGGUAGCAGCAGCAGCGCCGCCACCACAAUUAGACGCCGAGGAAAAUAGUGGGUUAGAGGCGGCGGCGGCCGAGGCAAAGAUACAGCCGAGCAGUGGGCCCCACAAGCUGGAGAGGAAGUGGACCUUCUGGUUCGAUAACCAAUCCAAGCCCAAGCAAGGUGCUGCUUGGGGUUCCUCUCUUCGCAAGGCCUACACCUUCGAAACCGUUCAAGAAUUCUGGUGUCUGUAUGAUCAGGUAUUCAAGCCGAGCAAGUUUCCACCAAGUGCAGAUUUCCACUUGUUCAGGGCUGGGGUUGAACCAAAAUGGGAGGAUCCUGAGUGUGCUAAUGGAGGGAAGUGGACUGUCACCAGCAGGAGUAAGGGCAGCCUUGAUACCAUGUGGCUAGAGACCUUGAUGGCACUGAUUGGAGAGCAAUUUGAUGAGGCUGAUGAGAUUUGCGGGGUGGUAGCAAGUGUGCGCCAGAGGCAGGACAAACUUGCAUUAUGGACUAGGAAUGCUGCAAACGAGGCUGCCCAGAUGGGCAUUGGGAGGAAGUGGAAGGAGAUAAUCGAUGUCACUGAUAAGAUCACCUACAGCUUCCAUGAUGAUUCUAAAAGGGAAAGAUCGGCAAAGCCUCGAUACAAUGUUUGAUUAUUCCUCAAUUGUUUUGUUGCAUGGGUCUUCGCUCUCCAUAACCAAAGUUGUGAACACCGUCACAAAUUUUAUGUUGAGAAAAGCUAGAGGAAACAUUUGUCAACUUAUUUUUCUCUAGUGUACUAUGAUCUUGUUCUUUAUGUUACGGUUUUUGAAAAUUUUAUCAAGUACUGAUAAACUAAGUUUUGUUUGUAAUAUUGAAUAUUUCGAAAGUACACUUGAAAGUAAGUUUAGUUUGUAAUGCACUUGUGAUUUACUUGAAUUGAUAAUCGAAUGGUUCAAAUCUA